CUUAACAUUAUCUCUCAUCCACCUUCAAAACCUCCCAAUUUUCCCCCAAAUUUAAAAAAUGGAAACCUGCAACAACAGCAACAACAAGCUUAAGAUCAUUCAUUCGAGAAUGGUAACAAUAGACGAAGACGAGCUCGAAUGUCUUCGGAAAUUAGCCGAACCAAAACCAACCACCACUAAUCACCGUCGUCAAAAGGUUACGCCGCCGCCUACUAACACCAGGUCAUCUAGAUUGUCUACUGGUAAUUGUAACAAUAAUAUUAAAAUAUCUAAUGAUGAUCAUCAUCAUCAUUUUUAUGAGGAGAACAAAAAGAAGCUAGAGAGUAAGAAAUCUGAGGAUAUCAAUGAAAGUGCUGAGAAAUUUAUCCAGAAAUUUAAGCAACAGUUGCUUCUUCAACGCCUCGAAUCGAUCGAGAAUGUUGAGCAGAUGCUUGAAAGAGGGCUUUGAGAUAUGUACACUAUAGUGAUUUUUUAAUGGAAAAAUUGAUAUUAUCGGUCCCAACUAUGGCCGAUUUACUUUAAAAGGUCCCAACUUUUGAUUAUGUCAGGGUGGUCCCAACUAUAGAGAGUGUUUUCCAAAAAUGGUCCCUUAGUUAAAAUUAAGUGCUAAAUAACUUAAUUAACACUCAUAUCUCUCGUGCAAUAAUCAUAUUUUUUAAUUAAAUGAAGUAAAUGGAACAGUAUGAUAUGCUUAAAUCAACUUAAUUAAUAGUUUAAUAAACCAAAGGACCAUUCUUGGAAAACAUACCUUAAAGUUGAGACCACUCUAGAAUAAUCAAAAGUUGGGACCUUUAAAAGUUAAACGGCCAUAGUUGGAACUGUCAAUAUCAAUUUUUCCAUUUUUUAAUUCAUUUUUGGAUUUUUAAUUAAGGGUAAUUAUUUUAUAUUUUUGCUACAUGAAUUAUGAUUGUUGUUUUGUUAUUAUUGUAUGGAUUAUACGUAGUAUUAAUCAAGCAUGUAGAGUAAAUUAAAUUAUAUUGAGUAUUUUGAUUUCUGGCUAUUCAAAUGUUAUUUUGAUGUUACUAUUUA